AUGUUUCACUCUUCCUUCUUGUUUUUUUCUCAGAACUUGUACCAGAACAGGUUUCUCGGGCUUGCAGCUAUGGCCUCUCCAUCUCGCGCAUCUCAGGGCAGGCGGCGAUGUAAGGACCCGAUUCGGCACAGUUUCAACCCUGAGCAGUUCCCCAAUGUGGACUUUCAGAACGGCGUACCGGAGGAGCUGGCGGCAGCCGUACUGCGCUCCACCAGCGACACCGACCUCGUGACCUCUCACUGCCGCUCCACCCUCACCGUCAGCACCUCCAGCUACACCAUCGGCCAGACGCAGGACAUCACCCUCAGCUGGGACAUCAAGGAGGAAGUGGAUGCGGGUGACUGGAUUGGCAUGUACCUCAUUGAUGAGGUUCUGUCAGAGAACUUUCUGGACUACAAGAACAGAGGUGUGAACGGCUCCCACAAAGGUCUGAUUGUCUGGAAGAUUGAGGCCAGCUCAUACUUCGUAGAACCGGAGACUAAGAUCUGUUUUAAAUAUUAUCAUGGAGUGAGUGGAGCCCUGCGGGCCACAACGCCAUGUGUGACCGUGAAGAACCCCUCCGCACCGGUGUUUAAGCCGGUGGCCACAGAUGACUUACCUCAGAGUCGAGGCAGCAGAAGACUCAUCAGCUUCUCUCUCUCAGAUUUCCAGGCCACUGGGCUAAAGAAAGGCAUGUUCUUUAACCCCGACCCCUACCUGAAGAUUGCCAUCCACCCCGGCAAGCACAGCAUCUUCCCUGCCCUGCCUCACCACGGCCAGGAGAAGAGAUCAGGCAUCGUCUGCAAUACCAUUAAUCCUGUUUGGCAGAGGGAGCGCUUUAAUUUUGUGUCUCUGCCCACCGAUGUGUUGGAGAUCGAGGUUAAAGACAAGUUUGCCAAAAGCCGACCCAUCAUAAAGCGUUUCUUGGGCAAGCUGUCUAUGCCGGUGCAAAGAUUACUGGAGAAACAUGCGAUCGGUGAUCGAGUGGUCAGCUACACUCUGGGUCGGAGACUUCCAACUGAGCAUGUCAGUGGGCAGCUGCAGUUCAGGUUUGAGAUUACAUCCUCCAUCCAUCCAGAUGACGAGGACAUGUCUCUCAGUACAGAGCAACCAUUGGCUGCAGCAGAAGCUCAAGUCCAGCCUCAGGCAGAAGACACCAUGAGUUUGGACCAGGGGGCCCCAGAGUUGCCUUUAGAUGAAGAAACGGCUUCUGUGGAGAUGCCCAUGGACGUUGAAUCAGCCGAAGCUGAAGCUGCAGAGGAAGAGCCUUUAGAGGAAGAGCAGCAGAUGCAUCCGGAGCAGCAGGAGGAAGCAGCAGCAGCCGAGAGCCCAGAACAAAUGGAGCAAGAAGAGACCAAUGUUGAAGUGGAAGAGACGGCCCGAGAAGAGGCAGAAAAUGAUAGUGCCUUUGCCGAAGGCCCUGCAGAGUCUUCAGGAGAUCCUGCUGGAGUCGAAGAGGAGGCCAUCUCAGAACAGCAACCAGUUUCAGAAGAACCAGAUGUGGAUAUAGAGGAAGGCUGCUCGCUGAGGAUCAGAACCACACCGAGAAGGAAGCCGCGGCCUUGUUCCCUACCCGUGUCUGAGCUGGAGACAGUCAUCGCUUCAGCCUGCGGUGAACCGGAGACGCCACGCUCCCAUUACAUCCGAAUCCACCACCUGCUGCACGGCCUCCCCUCCUCCCAGCCUCAACCAGGAGACGUGGCUGGACCUGAACCCGACCGGCCACCGGGCGUAGAAGAACAAGAGGAAGACGAGGAAGAGGGUGCGACCCUUGAGCCUCACACUUUAACACCCAAUGGCCCUCGCAGGACGCUGCCCCGCAGCCGCUCACACGAGCGCCUCUCUGACCUCAUUCAGAUGCUUGAUGGAGAUGGGCAGCCGCUCGGGGCUGAGGGACAAACCACAGGUCAAAGGUCAUCAGGAGAAAGCGAGUGCGAUUUGAGCCCGGUGCCGUGCUCCAGUCACAUGGUGCAGAGGGCCUCGGGCCCCGUGCGGGCGCCGUCUCUAGACAGCACACGGCGGUCAGAGAGCACUGUGUUUUCCUCACAGGAUGAUGAGGAUGAGAUGGACAGAGUGAAUGGCAUUCUGGGAUUGGAGGCAGAGACAGGACAGGGCGCUAAGAGCCGGGAGCCAGGGGACGGGAGCUGUCAGUGGGAGGAGGCACCGGAUAGUCACGUCCAGAGCCCCCACGGCAUUAUGGGUAACGGAGAAUCACCUGUAGCUGGACCAAGCAGCAGAAGAGAAUGUCCUUUGCCUUGUAAUCAUCCUGCAGUGAACCAGCUGCCCGCCCUGCGGCCCGACCCACAUCACUAUCCCACCAUAGACGAGCCGCUGCCACCGAACUGGGAGGCCCGUAUUGACAGUCACGGUCGUGUGUUCUAUGUGGAUCACAUUAACCGGACCACCACUUGGCAACGGCCAACGUCCGCAGCAACGCCGGAUGGCCUGCGCAGGUCUGGUUCCGUCCAACAGAUGGAGCAGCUCAACAGGAGGUACCAGACCAUCCAGAGGACGAUGGCCACAGAGAGGAGAGAGGAGGAGUCAGGCAGCCCCCGCAACGAGAGAACAGCCAACACUGAGACAGACUCGCCUCCACAGACAGCCGAGUUGAGGAGAGACACUCCGUGUUCUCCGGGUCACUGUCAGAAGAUCACGUUACUGCUGCAGAGUCCAGCAGUCAAAUUCAUCACUCACCCCGAGUUCUUCACUGUUCUCCACGCAAAUUAUGGAGCGUAUCGUAUGUUCACAAACAGCUCGUGCCUGAAACACAUGGUUCUAAAGAUCAGGCGUGAUGCCCGAAACUUUGAGCGGUACCAGCACAACCGUGACCUGGUGACCUUUUUAAAUAGGUUUGCUGAUGCUCAGCUGGAGCUGCCGCGGGGCUGGGAGAUCAAAACAGACCCGCAGGGGAAGUCGUUCUUUGUAGACCACAACAGCCGUGCCACAACCUUCAUUGAUCCCAGGAUCCCCUUGCAAAACGGCAGAUUGCCCAACCACCUGACACACCGCCAGCACCUGCAGAGAUUACGCAGCUACAGCGCCGGAGAGGCAUCUGAGGUGUCGCGCACCCGAGGGGUGUCCUUGUUAGCCAGGCCUGGAAACAGCCUGGUAGCAUCCAUACGAAACCAAAGCCAGCAGGAGCCAGUGCCAUCAGCAUACAAUGAUAAGAUUGUAGCGUUUUUACGGCAACCAAACAUCUUUGAAGUGCUACAGGAACGGCAGCCGAGCCUGGCGAGGAAUCACUCGCUCAAGGAAAAGGUGUAUCACAUCCGCACCGAAGGCACACAGAGACUGGAGAAGCUAUCGUGUGAUGCUGACCUGGUCAUGCUGUUAAGUUUGUUUGAGGAGGACAUCAUGUCUUACGUUCCUCUCACAUCAUUUCACCCGGGGUUCAACUUCUCUCCCCGCUGCUCUCCUGGUUCCUCUCCUCAGAACUCUCCUGGGACCCAGAGGGCUCGGGCACCAGCGCCCUACCGCAGAGAUUUUGAAGCCAAACUGCGCAACUUCUACAGGAAGCUGGAGGCAAAGGGCUAUGGGCAAGGACCCGGCAAGAUUAAAUUGAUCGUCAGAAGAGAUCAUCUGUUGGAAGGAACAUUUAACCAGGUCAUGGCCUACUCCCGGAAAGAGCUCCAGAGAAACAAGCUGUACAUUACCUUUGUUGGAGAGGAAGGACUGGAUUACAGCGGUCCAUCGCGGGAGUUUUACUUCCUGCUAUCUCAGGAGCUGUUUAACCCUUACUAUGGCCUGUUUGAAUACUCUGCUAACGACACAUACACUGUCCAGAUCAGCCCCAUGUCUGCUUUUGUGGAAAACCAUUUGGAAUGGUUUCGUUUUAGCGGUCGCAUUCUUGGCCUGGCUUUGAUUCAUCAGUAUUUGUUGGACGCCUUCUUCACCCGCCCGUUUUAUAAAGCUCUUCUCAGACUAGCCACGGAUCUCAGUGAUCUUGAGUACCUGGAUGAGGAGUUUCAUCAGAGCUUACAGUGGAUGAAGAAAAAACACAUCACAUAUACCACAUCCAACCUCAACUAGGAAGUGUUCGGACAGGUGACUGAGCGGGAGCUGAAGUCCGGUGGGACAAACGUGCAGGUGACGGAGAAGAAUAAGAAGGAAUAUAUCGAGCGGAUGGUGAAGUGGAGGGUGGAGCGCGGUGUCGUCCAGCAGACGCAGGCUCUGGUCCGGGGCUUUUACGAGUUGACUCACUCCCGUCUGGUGUCUGUGUUUGAUGCCAGAGAGCUGGAGCUGGUUAUUGCAGGAACAGCAGAGAUUGAUUUAAAUGACUGGAGAAACAACACAGAGUACAGAGGAGGUUAUCACGAUGGGCAUAUUGUGAUCCGGUGGUUCUGGGGUGCGGUGGAGCGCUUCAAUAAUGAACAGAGACUGCGGCUGCUGCAGUUUGUGACGGGCACCUCCAGCGUGCCGUACGAGGGCUUCACCGCGCUGCGCGGGAGCAAUGGCCUGCGACGCUUCUGCAUCGAGAAAUGGGGCAAGAUCACAUCGCUCCCGAGGGCGCACACAUGCUUUAACCGUCUGGAUCUUCCGCCGUAUCCAUCCUACACCAUGCUGUAUGAGAAAAUGCUGAUUGCUGUGGAAGAGACCAGCACCUUUGGCCUUGAGUGAGGACUUGACACAUAAACCACCUUCCUCCCAGUGACCUUUCCAUGUACACGUAUGUAAUUAUCUAUCUGCGUGGAUCGUGUCCUGUGUCCGUUUCUUUGGUUUGUUCAGGACACCACUGCAUGCAUCAGUCACCUGCGCGGGUGGACAGUGUGUAACGGGUAUCCAAUAGUGAAACAGAAGCCUUCGACCUGCUUUAACACUCAGGGCCUCAACCUCCGCUGGAGUCGCUCUCAGUUCACACAUCAUCAUUUCACCGCAAACCGUCACGGCCAGCAUCCUUUCUGUUGUGCAUUUUCACAUUGACAAGAAUUGUAAAGUUAAAACCAAAUAUGCUCACAGAAAAUAUCUGAUCGAGGUGCCGUAAUUACUGUAAAUGUGUGCACUAGUUCACAUAAUCUCACCGAACACGGCAUCAUCACAGGAAGUGACGUCACUUCGCAGGAGUCAAAGGGGGAAAUGGCAAGCCUGAGCCUUGAUUUGACACUUUUGAUUCAUUCAUUUGUAUUAAUCAAUACAUUUAAAUAUUAAAAUCAUUGAAGCAUCAGACAUGUUUAAGGAUGUUUAAUGCUUCAUGCUGUCUUGUCUGUAAUGUUUGAAUGAAUUUCCAGCGCUGACACAUGAUUGCUUUCAAGAAAUUGAUGUAACAUAUGUUUACUAAAAUGUCAACACUAAAAAUGAAAAAGAAAAAAAAAAAGUCAACACUACAAGCGAAACUCAACAAAUCCAAUCAGAAUAUAUUUAAUGUUAAUUAUACAGCUGUGUGGAGCGGGAUUUUAAACCAAUGAGAUUGCUUUGUGGGCGGAGCCAAUUAGCGUAACAAACUGUAAAAACAAAGAACUGAAAAUGUCUUGUUCGUUGCGUUUAGAUAAGACACUGUGUAAAGGUGCAUUCAUGGUAACGGCGAUUUAUAGUGAACAGGAGCGACAUCAACCAGUGAUGAUGCGAUGUGGGUGUGUACUUUAUGUAAAUGAGUAAUGCAAUGCACUGCCAACGGAAAUGAAGACAUCUUGGAAGUAAAUGCUCAUAAUGAGCAGUUUCAUGUGAUUCUUUACACACUACUGCAGUUUCCUUGAGCAUGGUCAUUUUUAGUGUUACAAUGGAAUGAUACUUUGUUUUUAUUUAUUGUAUUUUUAUGUAUUUAUUUCAGUUUUCAAAAUCAGAUCAUGGGUGUUACUCUCUGCGCUCCCAUUGGCAGUUGCUGCAGCACAUUCGUUGCUCAUUUGCAUAAAGUUAAAAUGUUUUAAAAUUUACUUAAAAGUAAGUUCAGAUUUCCCGAUGCCAUGAUAUGCACUCGCUUUCCCUAAUGUUUAUGAAAUGUGUUUUUGUUUUUCUAUUUAUAUGAUGUCUUUUUAUGACUUAAAUUGGUGAGGGGACUGAAAGAAAUGACAGACCAAAUAGUAAAAAUUGUGCACCACACGUCAUGUUCUUCAGAGCAGUGAGUCAGUUGUUUAUUCAAAAAGGAAAUUGGUUUAAAUGUCAGGACAUGUUUCUUUCAAAUGUCAAGACUUGUUCCUUCUGUGGUUGGUUUAUUGGCGACUAGAUUCGAUUUUUGUGCUGAAGUUUUGAUUAUUGUUCAUGUUUACAUUUUAAGAUGAUGUGAAUGUGUGUAUUAUACAUUGAGAUGCUCAUAAAUUGUCUUAACAUGAUGCCAUUUAAAGGUGCAUGUGUUUCUGUCUAAUCCACAAUUGAUGAAUCAGUCUUUAACUUUUGUCUCCUAAUAUUUCCAUCCCCCCAAAAAAGCAUUGUUUGAAUAUGCAGAAGAAAGGGAAAGUCAUACAGAUUCAAUCAUUAUGUUUUCCUGAAGUUUCCAUUUUUGGGUGAAAUGUCCUUUUAACGCAGCGAUGAAGAACAAGCACGGCAGGCUUUUGAUCGUGUCUGAAAUGUAAUUCUGCUAAAAACAAUUGCAGCUCAAAAUGAACAACACUCAGCUUACGAUAUUAGGAAUGUAGAAAGUGAAUUUGUAUUACUUAUCCCAAUUAAGAAAUUAUAAAAUGUCUGUAUAUCACAUGUGUACAUACUUGCUUGAACAGUCUAUGUAAAAUCUAAAUUUUAAAAUGUGAUGAAUCAAUUAAACAGCCAACAAUUCAUCUUUUUUUUUUUAAAAAAAAACAUGUCUCCAUACGUACUAUUUGCAUAAUGUUAGUUUUCUCAAAUGUAUAUUACUAUGCAUAUUUGGUUGAAAUUGUAAGAAAUGCUACUCUUUGGCACUUGUGGAAGAGGUUUCUUCAUUAGUCAAGACACUUGCAGCCAUUCGACAAUGUGAGAGAAAUGAGAAGGUUCUGGGACAAACUGCCUCUCUAUAAACACGGCAUUCUGGGAAAUGCAGAAGGAUUUGGCUCCUGCUUCCACCUCGGACACGUACACUAGCUUGCAUAUGUCUUUUUACACUUUAAUCUAUGUGUAUGGAAGAGAAUUAGAGCGGAAAAUGUACAAAUGUUUUGAAUUGUGUAUUGAGGUCCCUUAUAGCGCCUCUCUCAGGCUGAGCUCUGUAACUACAGCAUUACACUGUUAACGAAUGUCAAUAAACAAUCACUUUCUAAUGCA